CUUGGGUACUCCGUAAGCAGCCACGAGGGUGCUGAACCCCCCUCCCCCCCGGUGUGCGUGGUCGCAUUGUCUUGGUUUUUUGUCUUGUUUUUCUUUUUUCUUUUCUUUUUUUUUCGGAAGGAGCCGCCAUGCCCCUGAUUCCAGACAUCAAACUCCUCCUCGGCGCCGUCGUCCUCCUGGUCGUCGUCCGGGUGCUCUUCACACGCCGCCCGCCGCACCCUCUGCCCCCCGGGCCCAAGCCGGCGCCGCUGAUUGGAAACCUGCACCAGCUGCCCAAGAGCCUCCAGUGGUUUCAGCUGUACCACUGGAGCAAGAAGUAUGGUCCCAUAAUGCAUCUCAGCAUGGGCGGGCAGCCGCUCAUCAUCCUGUCGACCCACCAGGCCGCCCACGACCUGCUCAACAAGCGGAGCGCCAGGUACUCGGACCGGCCGCGCAUGGUCAUGUCGGGCGAGCUGGUCACACGGGGCAUGCACAUGCUGCUCCGGCAGUACGACGAGCGGUACCGGCUGCACCAGCGAAUGGAGGCGCCGCUGCUCAACCUGCGGUCCGCGAGCUCGUACCGGCCGCUGCAGGACAUGGAGUCGCGGCAGCUGCUCUUUGACGUGCUGGCCGAGUACGACGAGGUCGGGGCCAAGGGGGUCGACUUCCACCACCACUUCGAGCGGGCCAUGGCCAGCUUCAUCUACACGGUCAACUACGGCUACCGCCUGCGGACCGGGUACGAGAAGGAGCUCAUGGACGGCAAGCGAGUGCAGGCCGAGUUCGCCCGGACCGGCCAGGUGGGCGCCUACCUGGUCGACUCGUUCCCCUCGCUCAACUACCUCCCCCGCUUCCUGGCGCCCUGGAAGAAGGAGGCGGACGAGCUGUACGAGCUCGAGUGCCGGCUGCACCUCGGCAACCUCGACAAGGGCCUGACCAACCCGGGCUGGAACUUCAGCAAGCACAUGAAGCAGUCGCCCGAGGGCCGGGACAUGCCCAAGGUCGAGCUCGCCUUUGACCUGGGCAUCCUCGCCGACGCCGGCCUCGACACCUCCACCGUGGCGCUGGAUUGGUUCAUCGUCGCCUGGAUCACCACGGGCUCGAGCUGGGUCCCCAAGGCACAGAAGCUCCUCGAAGAGGUCGUUGGCAGAGAUCGGCUGCCCACGUUCGAAGACCGGCCCAAACUGGCGUACAUUGAUGCUAUUGUGUGCGAGACGCUGCGGUGGCGCCCCGUGGUGGUCGGCGGCGUGCCGCACUUCAUCAAGGUCCAGGACAGCUACAUGGGCUAUCACAUCCCCGCCAACUCGAUCGUGCUGGCCAACGCCUUCGCCAUCACGCGCGACGAAUCCGUGUUUGGGCCCGACGUUGACGACUUCAUGCCCGAACGAUGGAUGGUUGACGAGAAAGACGUAAAGGCCGAGCCGACGAUCGACGCGUGCGGCCUCAACGUCUCGGCGCUCAAGGACCUGCCCCAGACGGGCUUCGGGUUCGGGCGCCGCAUCUGCACCGGCCGCAUCAUCGCCCGCAACCAGCUCUUCAUCCAGAUGGCCCGCAUGCUCUGGGCCUUCGACGUCGAGCCGGGCAUCAACGAGGCCACCGGCCAGAGGCCAAAGAUCACGGCAGAAAUCACCCCCGCGAACUGCACAGAGGGCUUCGUCACGCUGCCCAAGCCGUUCAAGGUCGAGAUGCGCCCGCGCGGUCAGUGGGUGCGCGACGUCAUCCUGCGCUCGGGCACCACCCACGGCAUCGACCAUGCCGAGGUGCUGAACCAGGCCGCCAAGGACAGGGAGCGUGCUUAGUUUUGGAAGAGUUGGAGUUGGGGCCACCUUGGGUUGGCCUUAUCACCUUGCAGGAAUCGGCCAACAGCGGAAACAAACAAUGCUACCUACCUACCUACUGUACAGUACCUACCCACCUACCUAAUCUGUACCAGCGAGAGAGAACUUGACCAAAUCAAAAACCAUGCUCUCGCUAAAAAAAAAAAAAAAUGCCGUCA